GAGCGGUGAUGGUGAACUGAACCCAAGAACAUUAACCAGGGCAAUCUCGGAACUUGUCCCAUAGUCCCAGAGUGAAACAAGUUGGAGAGACUACCAUCUUAAGGUGAUCCUCCAUUAUGGCGGAGGCCCAUUCGGCCGUCGCCUUCAACUUUUCUGUCACUCACGAGGGAGUCUCGAUAGACUAUGACUGGGAGCUCUUCUCGAUUUUGUGUAAAGCCGGAGUCCGGUCGUGGAAGAAGAGCAUCUCCCGACUCGUCAACAACAUACGCAACGGGCUCUACCCAGCUUCUCACCGUUCUCUGGUUCUGGUCUGGACUGUGCUGUACGGCGGGGAACUGUCGAAACCAGGCUUCGAUUUCUCGUUCGGUGCGAGCAGUCGAGUGGAAGGCUUCGUUCCGCAACACCUCGCCGAGAUCCAUCCGCAGCUACCGCGAUGUCUCGCAGUUUUCGUCACCGGCGUCGGAAUGUGGAGCUGUCUGUCGGUAUUCCGACGCUACAUGCUCAAAGCUCUGUUCAGCUACAAGGGCUGGAUGCUCGAGAGUCGAGGGAAGAAUAGCAAGGUCUCACUAGCAACCCGCCUGUGGUUCGUGGCGGUGAGGAUUUUCGAAGGAUCGUCGCCUUUGCUGUACUCGUAUCAGUCGUGUUUGCCGAGUUUGCCCUUGCCAUCCGUAGCGGAUACGAUGCAACGCUACCUCCGCUCUGUCAGGGCGCUCUGCAACGACGAGGAGUUCGAGCGAUUGACGAAACUCGCGCAGGAAUUCCAAGCGGGUCCCGGCCGGCGAUUCCAGCGCUACCUGUGGUUCAAAUCCUGGUGGGCACCGAACUACGUGACCGACUGGUGGGAGGAGUUCAUCUAUCUGAGGGGCCGCAGCGCGAUUAUGGUGAACUCGAACUUUUACGCGGCGGACGCCAUCCUCAUGAAGGUCACCACGAAUCAAUGCGCUAGAGCAGCGAAUUUGAUCCACGCCGCGUUUUUGUUCAGGCGUAUGAUCGACUUCCAGACCCUGAAACCCAUACUUCUGCAGGGCGUGAUCCCGCUGUGUUCGGCUCAGUACGCGAGACUGUUCAACACGACUCGUGUGCCCGGGGUAGAAACCGACCGCAUCCGCCAUUCGCACGAUUCGACCCAUAUCGCGGUUUACCACAAAGGUCGUUACUUCAAGAUAAUCACGCAUUACAGAGGACGUCUGCUGUACCCUCCGGAGCUGCAAAGACAGCUCGAACAAGUGGUGGUCGAUGACAGCAAACCGUCGUCAGCCGAACUCUACCUCGGUGCUCUGACGGCUACCGACCGGGUGACGUGGGCCGUCGCGCGGAAAGAAUACUUCCGUCGCGGGAUCAAUAAACCGUCCCUCGACGCGAUCGAGAGAGCUGCGUUCGUGGUCAUUCUCGACGACGAAGACCUCGUCUACGAUGAAAAGGAUCCCGACAAACUCGAUCAUUACGCUCAAAUGCUUCUCCAUGGCAAGGGAUUCGACAGAUGGUACGACAAAUCGUUCAACAUGAUCAUCGGGAGGAACGCGCGUGCGGGAAUCAACGUGGAACACUCGUGGGCCGACGCUCCCGUGGCGGGCCACUGUUGGGAGUACUGCAUUUACACGGAUCAUGCGAGAUUGGGCUACGACGAAGAUGGCAAUACCAAAGGAUACAACGAGUUCAACAGUAGAGAGCUUUCGAUCAAGGAGUUGCCGAGACCGAUUCGAUUGAAAUGGGAUAUCAACGACGAUUGUCAGAACGUUAUUUUCAAGGCCAAAGCCGAUGCGGAUAAAAUUCUUUCGGAUGUCGAUCUUCACGUUGAGCGAUUCGCCGAAUACGGUAAACGAAUCAUCAAAAAGUGCCGAGUGUCUCCGGAUGCGUAUCUUCAGAUGGCUCUCCAACUCGCUUAUUUCCGUGACCAAGGGAAAUUCAAUCUGACGUACGAAGCAUCCAUGACACGUCUCUUCCGCGACGGCCGUACCGAGACCGUUCGACCCUGCACCAUGGAGUCUUGUGAGUGGGUGAGGAGCAUGUUGGAUGAGAAGGCAACGAAAGAAGAGAAGAAGCAGAAGCUCGUAGACGCUUGUAAUACCCACCAGAUGGGCUACCAGAAUGCCAUGUGCGGCAAGGGAAUCGACCGACACAUGUUUUGUCUCUACGUCAUCUCGAAGUAUCUUGAGAUAGAUUCCCCGUUCUUGAAAGAAGUGCUCUGCGAGCCCUGGCGUCUCUCCACGUCUCAAACUCCUAUCAACCAGACUGGCUUCUUAAAUCUGGACGAUCAUCCUGAAUGGAUCGCUGCGGGAGGGGGGUUCGGACCAGUGGCCGACGACGGGUAUGGCGUUAGUUACCUGAUCGCUGGCGAAGAUAACUUCUUCUUCCACGUGAGCUCCAAACGGAGCUGCCCUCAGACGGACUCGACCCGCUUCUCGAAGAAUAUUUCUCAAGCCUUGCUGGAGAUGCGGGAUAUUAUCGUCUGAGUCCAAUGUCCUGACCUCGUCCCUACGUAUAAGCCUCGCAGGAUUUAGUUUCUUGAGUUUUAAUAGCGCAGAAUUGUACAUAGAGAUUCAGCUGAU